AUGCGCACAAGACCAGCGCCGCAACGCGGCAUUCGCAUAGGCAACGUCUCUGGCGCGACUGGUGAUGCUCCCCAUGCCAUGCUCCGCAUGGCACAAACAGACGAUGUCGACUUCAUCACCGGAGACUGGCUGUCGGAAAUGAACAUCGCUUGGAAUGCCAUAGCCAAAGCCAGUGAUCCAUCUCAAGGCUACGAAGUUGGCUUUCUGUCCCAGCUCGAAGAAAGCAUCGAUAUCAUCGUCGACAAGAAGAUCAAGGUUGUUACAAAUGCGGGCGCAUUGAACACGGAGGCGCUCCGGGAGAAGGUGCGAGAGCUUUGUGCGCAAAAUGGGCAUGGACAUCUGAGAAUCGCAGCGGUACUGGGCGACGAUGUCACAGCCGAGGUCACAGAAAUGUUGCGGAGAGCACCAGGGGAGGGAAGUGGGUUUCGGCAUUUGGAUCAUAGUGACCAGUGCUUUGUGGAAUGGGCAAAGGGAUUCGAGGAACCAGCGAGUGCGGUGGCGUAUAUCGGGGCUUGGGGGAUCGUGGAGGCAUUGAAGAAGGGGGCUGAUAUUGUCUUGUGUGGGCGAGUUACGGAUGCGUCUCCAGUGAUUGGUGCAGCAGCGUGGUGGUAUAACUGGAAACAUGACUCCUUCGAUGAGCUAGCUGGGGCACUUAUUGCGGGGCAUCUGAUCGAAUGCGGACCUUACGUUUGCGGCGCAAACUUUUCUGGCUUCAAAGACCUUCUUCCAGGAUUGGUCGACGUCGGCUUUCCCAUUGCUGAGAUCAUGCCCAAUGGAUCCAGCUACAUAACAAAACAGGAAGAUCUUGGUGGCAAAGUUACUGCUGCAAACGUCACCGCGCAGCUGUUGUACGAGCUCCAGGGUGAGAUGUAUCUCAAUCCCGACGUAGUGGCCGAUAUACGCACCGUAAAUAUCACGGCCACAGGCGAGCCGCGGCGGGAAGUUCUCGUCAGCGGAGUGAAGGGGUUUCCGCCACCACUCACCACCAAGGUCAUGGUUGCAGCUCCGGGAGGGUAUCAAGCUGAAACUAUUUAUUAUCUCAACGGCCUGGACAUUUCGGAAAAGGCGGAGAUGAUGAAGCGACAGCUGACAAGCAUCUUUCAGGGUAAUCAGUUCAGCAAACUGUCUAUGGAGCUUUACGGUGGCCAAGCGCUUGAUCCGAAAUCGCAGGCAGCGGGUACAGCCAUGUUGCGAGUCUUCGCGCAAGCAAAGAGGAAAGAAGACAUUGCUGCAAGCAAGUUUCGAAUCCCUAUCUACUCCCUUCGUAUGCAAAGCUAUCCUGGCUAUCACAUGAACUUGGACUUUCGGUCAAUGGAUCCCAAGCCUUUCAUGGAAAUCUUCCCCACAACAAUGCCGGUCAGUCAGAUCAACCACAGAGUGCGACUGGACGACGAACCGAUGAUAUACGCCCCGUUUCCACCCAGAUCUGCCGAAUAUCCACAGCUGCGACCGUCAUACGAAACCAAAACACCCAUAGAUCUUCGGUCAUUCGGCCUCACAUCAAAAGCCCCAUUAGGGGCCGUUGUGCAUGCAAGAUCCGGCGACAAAGGCAACAAUUCGAAUGUUGGUUUCUUUGUUAGGCAUGCUGAUGAGUACCCGUGGCUACAGAGCUUUCUGACGGUGGAGCGGCUGUGUGCUUUGUUCGAGGAUGACUGGAAGGACGGGUGUAGAGUCGAAAGGUGCGAGUUUCCAAACAUUCUCGCAGUCCACUUCCGAGUACUCGACUUCUUGGAUGGUGGUAUUGCCAGUAGCUCGCGCAUUGAUGGGCUCGGCAAAGGUAUCGGGGAAUACUUGCGAAGCAAGGUUGUAGACGUUCCAACGAGCUUUCUCCAACGGGGUUGUAUAUAG